AUGAAGCCGAUUCCUAUCUGGGUAUUCUUGAUUUUGUUGUUUUUCCUCUUUCAAUCAACGAAAUCUGCUGAGUUGGAUGCUAUCGAUGCGUUGGUCAGUUUCUUUGAAGAUCUUUCUGGGUAUUUCUCGAUAUCGAGUCCUGUUUCGGGUUGGAUCCGGACUUCUGAUCCUUGCAAGAAUAACUGGACCGGUAUUGUGUGCUAUGAUCAAACACCAUCCAUUAAGUCAAUCACCUUUGAAAGUUUCAAUCUUUCGGGAACUUUUAAACCGAAUACAAUCUGCAGUAUUGCAUCCCUUGCGAGUUCUAUUGUUGUUAUUAGCCUCAAUAACAACAAUCUCCGUGGGGAGAAUCUUGAAGCGAUUUCUAAUUGCAAAAAGCUCACCCAUUUGUACAUAAGUCGAAACCAAAUUUCGGGCAUUCUUCCUGAUUCACUUUCCCAUUUGAACAAUCUCAAGAAACUCGAUAUAUCAAACAACGCGUUCUCUGGGACGUUAUCUAGUUUGCCCAGAAUAUCGGGCUUAAUAGAAUUCAUUGCUCAAAACAAUCAGCUUUCCGGGUCAAUUCCGGAAUUUGACUUUUCUAAUUUGGCCACCUUCAAUGUCUCCAACAAUAAUCUUUCUGGUCCUAUUCCACCCGGGGGCGACCUUUUUAACGCCACUAGCUAUCUCGGAAAUCCUCAAUUAUGUGGCGAUCCGUUGCCAAACCUGUGUGAAACCCAACGAGCCACACCCCCAAGCGCAGCUCAAAACUCCAGUGAUCCGAAAAAGAGUGGGCCCAGUUCAGUUGAAAUCCUCAUGUAUUCGGGUUAUGUUCUUGUGGGUUUAGGCUUGUUUUUUGUUAUUAUGAUCAAAUUAUGUAAAAGAAAGGGAACGAAAAAGGAAGAAUUAGUUGAAGAAGGCGAUUAUCCUCGUUCAAAAGAAGAAGAAGAAGAUGCUUCGAAAACGCUUACUUUUGCUUCCAACGAGUUUAGAAGUAUCGCCAUGAGUAAAUCCGAAGUUUUUGCAGGUAAUUCUGUUGAAAGCGGGCCGGUUUCUUCUUCUUUGAUAGUUCUUACGAGUCCGGAGGUGAACGGGUUGAAAUUCGAAGAACUUUUGAAGGCACCGGCGGAGUUAUUGGGGAGAGGGAAGUAUGGGAGUGUGUAUAAGGUGAAUUGUGAGGAACAGGGAAUGACACUUGCGGUAAAAAGGAUCAAAGAUUGGUCGUUACCCUCGAACGAUUUCAAGUUAAGAAUGAAACGGUUAAAUCACGUGAAGCAUCGGAACGUGUUGCCGGUUGUGGCGUUUUAUUGUUCUAAACAAGAGAAGCUUUUGGUUUACGAGUAUCAACCUAACGGAAGUCUCCUCAAGUUUCUUCACGGAACACCGACGGGUCAAACAUUCGAUUGGAGCAGUAGGCUCGGAGUUGCAUCCACCAUAGCCGAAGCUUUGGCAUUCAUGCACGAUGAGCUUCAUCGUGACAGUAUUCCCCAUGGAAACCUGAAAUCGUCAAACAUUUUGUUCAACAAAAAUAUGGAGCCAUGCAUUAGUGAAUACGGGCUAAUGGCGGUCGACAAUUCGGAUAAUUCACCCGCCAUAGAUAUCGUAAAUAACACCUCCCAAUUGAAUCCCGAUCAAAUUGAAUCGGGCUUCAGACUCGAUAUCCAUGCAUUAGGAGUUAUUCUUCUUGAGCUCCUAACUGGAAAACCGUCCAUGGUUCAAAACAACGGGAUGGAUCUAGCGAAAUGGGUUGUUUCCGUGGUUAAAGAAGAAUGGACCGUUGAAGUGUUCGAUCGAGCCCUGAUUCGAGAAGGCGCGAGUGAGGAACGGAUGGUGAAUUUACUACAAAUAGCCAUAAAAUGUGUUGAUCGGUCUCCGGAAUCCCGGCCGAGCAUCAACCAAAUCGCUCUUAUGAUCAAUAACAUCAAAGAAGAAGAUGAAAGAUCCAUGGAUGUCUCUGAAUCCCCAUUUGAGAUAAGGAACUAAGAAUUGUUUCACAUAUAUUGAAUGCUUUG